AUGGCUUCAGAACAGCCCGCGGCGCGCUCACCCAGCGCGAGCCCGGCCCCAGAGUCGCUCCAGGCGCGGAUCGCCGCCCGUCUGGCCGCCAUUAACACCGACUCCGAAGACGACGAGCCCCAGACCACCAGCCGCAAGAGCAAGACUCCCCCAAAGACCACACAGAUGAACAGCGACUCAGAAGAAGAGGUCGUCAGACGACCUAGAGGCCGCCUCGCGGCCCAGAUGGCCGGCGGUGAGAGAUCAGACUCAGAAGAGCCCGAAAGCUUUCUCGACCGCAUCCAGAAGCGACUCCAAGCAGCGGACGAGGCCAACGACGACAAGGAGGACGACACAGUCAUGGGAGAGGCCGAAGACGAAGACGACACCCCGGUUGCCCCUCGCCGGCUACAGAGAAGGUCGGAGAGAGAAUCCACGCCAAAGGCUCAAAGCCCGGCGCGUUCUCCUACGCCGGGUCUCUUCGUGUCUCCCGAAAAACAGACCCCAAGCAAACCCGCAAACGAUACAGCAGCCAACGACUCCGACUCCGACGCGUCGCUUCCUGCUCUGAAGAGCUCCAGAUUUCAAGCCCUCGUCGAGCGCAAGCGAGCUGAGAGAUUGGCCCGCGAAGCCGAGGAGGAGAAGAAGAAGGCCGAGCGGAUCGAACGCCAGAAGGCCAUGAAUGCCAAUCUCUUUGACGACGAAGACAACGUCUCUGACAUCACCGACGAUGAAGGCGGCAGGACACUCAGCCAGGCGGCACGACCAGCCAGAAAGGCCGGCAAGAAGGCCAUUGAGGAAAUGAACCGUGAGACGCAGCGCAUGGCCCGUAACAUGCAGCUUGCCCACGAGGCGAAGACACGGAAGAAGUUCACCAAGGCGGACUUUUUGGAACGAUUCAACUUCAGGACCGCGGAAGCCAAGGCCGACCCCAAGACGACUAGCUCAAGCAGGCCGACAACGCCCGUCUCCGCGCAUCAGACCGACGCUGAGAUGAAGGAUACUGAGACGCCACCUAGCUCACCCCCUGUUGCCAAGGCGCCUUCGCCGACCAAGGAGGCUACUACGGUGGUCCAGCCUGAGGUUACCCCUGGCGAUAAGCAGGAAUUGCCCUCGCUCGACGACGUGUUUGAAGCCUCGAAGAAGCUUGACAAGGGCAAGGGCAAGGCUGUGGCCUCUCCAAGCCCCAAGAAGUCUGCGGCCAAGGAGGUUAAGCCUAAACGUCAAGUUCGCAUCAAGCUUCCCCCUAUUGCAGCCCAUAAUGCUGCAAUUGACUUGGACGACGAUCUGGAGAUCACCGGCGUGAAGAAGGGCAAGCUCGACGCCGUUUUCGACAGUAUUCCGGAGAAGAAGUCCAGAGAAGCCAGCUCACUACACGCUCUGCGUCGUCUCGCUCAAGUUGGCUCUCCCGAAAGAGCGAGGAAGAGUCGUGCCGAGAAGAAGGGCAUCACCGCCGCCGAGAUGCACUUCAACCUCCAGCAGCGCGCUCGUGAGCAAGCCAAGCUGGAGCGUGAGAGGCGCCUGCAGGAUCUCAAGGCCAGAGGCAUCACUGUGCAGACGGCAGAGGAGCGUGAGCGCGAGAUGCAAGAAGUCGAGGACAUUGUCUCCAGAGCCAGAAGGGAGGCUGAGGAGAUUAUGGCGCGAGAGAGAGAGGCAGCCAAGGAAGAGAAGAGAGAAAAGAGGAAGAAUGGCGAGCUCGAUCCCUUCGACGAUAGUGACGACGAAGAGUAUGAGGGCUCCGAGGAGGAGGUCGAUAACGAGGCCGACAUCGAGCUCUCUGGUUCCGAAGACGAGGAGGAGGGUGUUGCUGAUGAGGAAGGGGGCAAUGCUUUGGUCGACAACGAAGCUGGUGACAGCGGAUCUGAGCACUCGGAUGCUGAGGCCGACGUCACCGAGCAGGUCGACCUUGAUGACUCUGAGGAUGACUUGGACCUGCCUACUAAGAAUGUUCGCCGGUCCAAAAAGACUCGGGUCGUUUCUGACGAUGAGGAUGACAAUGAGACGGUGCAGGCUACACCUAGACCCAAGACGGCCACCCAACGGUCCCCUGUGGCGCCCAACACCAAGUCGCCCGCAGUGCCUACUUCCGUCCUGCGAUCUGCAAAGAAGACGUUCAUUCCCGGACUUCCCGUCACUGGAGCCGCCGGCCUCGGCCUGACCCAGAUCUUCGCUGGCACUAUGGACGACAGCCAGACAGCUCUCGGAACCAUUCCCUCGCAGUCACCUAUGCCAGACUUUGAUAGCCUUCCAGACUCAAACCUCAUCAGCAACACCCAGCCAGACAGCAUGAUUCUGGAUAGCCAGGGCGGCGACACCCAACGAGCCGAGACGCAACCCGAGUCUGCGGAAGGCGUCCACCUCCACUUCAGCCAGUCUCAGGUGCACGGUUUCGACAGCCUGCUUCGCGACGAGGAGCCGUCAACCCAGAUCUCCAUAGAAGCGACCCAGGAUGCUGGCCUGCAAGACUACACGCCCCUGAGGUCUCGCUUCGUCGAACCACCCGCGUCCACCGUCGAGACCGUGAUGCUGGACGGCGACGCAGAGCCCGAUGCUGUCCUCGAGUCUCCUCUCGUCCGCAGGGGCAGACUCCGUCGCAAGAUUGACGUCGCCGCUGCUCCUGUCGAAGACGAGGAAGAGGAGACCCAACGAGCCCCGACCCCCGACGUCGACGAGUUCGGCUUCAACACGUCCGCCUUCGGUAUCAUGAAGGACGCCGUCAAGAAGCAGGAGAAGCUCAAGAAGGCUCAAGAGUACAACCGUAAGAAGAGCAAGGCGAAGGAGAUGGUCGAGGAGCAGGCCGACGAAUCCGAGGACGAGUACGCUGGUCUCGGCGGUGCGGAUGGCGAAGACAGCGAUGACGACUCCGACGCCGCCUCCGUCAAGGAGAUGAUUGACGACCAGAGCAACAUGAACGCCGACGACGAGCGCAAACUCGCCGCCCUCCAUGCGGAACGUGAGCGUGCCACGGACGAAAAGAUGGUGGACAAGCUCUUCCACGACAUCACGACCGGCAUGCUCCGCCGCAAACGCGGCGCGGACUACGACCUUUCAGACUCGGACGACGGCGGCGAGGCCCGCCGCCGCAUGAAGCGCCGCCAGUUCCAAAAGAUGCAGCAGGCCCUCUUCGCCGACGAGCGCAUCAAGAAGAUUGCAGAGAAGCCCGGCAACCAAGCCUUCCUCCGCACCAUCGAGGACCGCGGCUCCGACGACGAGAUGGACUUUCUCGACUUCGCCCCCGCGGAGCCGAUGCAGACGGAAGACAACGACUCGCAGUCCCAGACGCAACAAGACCAGACCACCGUCCCGGAUAGCCAGCCCACCACCACGCGACAGCCGCUCGGCGGCGCCCCUGUGGCAAACAGGCCGCCCGCGAACAUGCGCAGGACAAAGGACGGCAAGAAGCCAUCCAACAUUGGCGAGAUCCGCGAGUCCGUGUCGAGCCUGCUGGAGGACCUCAACGCGGAAGUCAUCCCCGCCACCGACCCGGCCUCAGACAGCGACGACGACGAGCGCCCCGGCACCUCGCGAAGCAACAAGGAAAACGACGACGGCAUCCCCGCGACGGCUAACCCCCGCCGCAGCCACAACCUCACCCGCGCCGCCGUCGUCGACCGCAUCUCCCUCAAGCGCCAGUCCUCCUCCACAAUGUCCACCACCUCCUCCAAGCUCGCCUUCGCCAUGCCCUCCGCCUCCUCCAUCGGCGGCGGCUCCGGCAGCUUCAAGGUCCCCGCGCUGCUCCGCCGCGCGACGACCAACUCAUCCUUCAAGUCGAGCUCCUCCGCCUCGGGGGGCGUGCCCUUCUCCGCGUCCGGCGGCGGCACGAGCGGCUUCGGCGACGACGGCAAAAUCAAGAAGAACGCGAGCAAGAGGUCCGGCGUCAGCGCGCUCGCGCGCGAGACGGAGCGCCGCGCUGCGGUGCUGGAGAACGAGAAGAGGAGGGAGGCGAGGAAGUGGAAGGGCGCGGAGCAGAGAGUCAAGGCUGUUGGCGGCUUGUUCGGGGGUGGAAAGUUUGAGUGA